GUACUCUUCUCGACACCAACCCAGCACUCCUGCUGCAUGCACCCGUGACCCUCAAAACCGGCCAUGCUCCCCUCUUUCCUCCGUCGCCCUCGCCCACCUCAUCACUCUCGCCCUCAACACUCGUCCCUCCACAUCCUCGCACCAGAAGACGACGGCGACGACGCCAACGGCGACACCCGCAACGGCCGACGAGACGAGGCCACCAUCCCGCUCACCAGCUUCGACCCGGACCACGACCACGACCACGACCACGACGACAGCCCCCACCUCGCACCCUCGUCCUCGUCGUACCCAGCGCGACGCUCGACCAAACCCGCCUCGGCAGCGGCCAAGAUCGUCAACCGCUUUCCGACCCGCCGCAUCCUCGCCGUCCUCGUCGUCGCCGUCGCCCUGUACAAGCUCCACCGCCACCUCGACUACUCCGAGCUCCACUCGCACCUCGACGACUACUCGGCGCGCUACAACCCGUGGCACCCGCAACGCCCACCCGUCGCCUACGUCGACGUCGACCCGCGAGUGCGCAUCGCCGGCCGCACGUACCGCGCCCACCAGGAGCACGCCGACGACCAGUACUGGGCGUGGAAGGCCCUCCCGUACGCCCAAGCCCCGGUCGGCGACCUCCGCUUCCGCACCAGUCGGCCCCUCGAACCUGUCACCGCACAAGCCGACGACGACCGCGAGAUCCUCAUGGACCGGUGGGACCCGGGGUGCGUGCGCCCGCGGCCUCGAGACGACCGCAAGGACGGGCCGCACGACGAGUUUGACGGCCACGAGGACUGCCUCAAGAUCAACGUCUUUGCGCCGCAGCAGCGCCCGAACAACACGCUCCUGCCCGUCAUGUUCUGGAUUCACGGCGGCGGCUUCGUCGGUGGCACGUCGGCCGAGGACAAGUACGACCCACGCGACCUCAUGAAGCGCGGCCUCGACCUCGACGAGCCGCUCGUGUUCGUCAGCAUCAACUACCGCCUUGGCGCGUUCGGCUUCACCUCGUCGCCGCCCGAGCCCGCCCCAGCACCGACGCCGCCGCACAUCCCGACGCGCGCGCCCUCGGAGCUCGACCUCAACGUCGGCCUCAAGGACCAGCUCCUCGCGCUCAAGUGGGUCCAGAGCAACAUCGAGCAGUUUGGCGGCGACAAGACCAAGGUGACCAUGGUCGGGCACUCGGCGGGCGCCAUGAGCGUCGGGCUGCAUCAGCUGUACAGCAGCGGCAUGGGCUUGUUCAGGGCAGCCUUCAUGCUCUCGGGCGCACCUACCUCCUUCCCCGUUCCUUGGCCUCACGACGCCUCGGCCCGCACGCUGCACCCGCUCCCCGGGCCCGCCGAGUGCCCCUCGCCCGUCCAGCGCGACCGCGGCCCGCCGCAAAACGAUGCCCUCGUCGCGUGCCUGCGCGAGCUCAGCACGGCCGACAUGUACCAGGCCGCGAGGGGCUUGACCGACGACAGCCCUGUCAACGCCUGGUUCCCCUACUACCCGGUCCUCGAGGGCGAGUGGGGCACGGGCGAGGGCGGCGGCGACGGCGCGCGAGGGUCGGGCGGCUGGCUCAACAUCCGGCCGAGCGAGCGCAUCCUCCGGGGCGACUUUGACAAGGUGCCCGUCAUCAUGGGCGCCGUCGUCGACGAGGGGACGCGCUUCGUCGACGACGGCAUCAAGGACGGCGAGGAGGAGUUCCUUGCGGUCGUGCGGGACAUCUUCUCGUUCACCUACGGCGCCGUCGAGCAACUGCUCGAGCCCAUCCUCGCCUUCUACCCUCCCGAACCCGCGACCGGCUCGCCUUUCAACACCGGCUCGACGACGUUCGGCCUCGCGCCGGGCUACAAGCGCCUCGCGGCGUUCGUCGGCGACAUCCUGUUCCAGGCGCCGCGGCGGCACUUCUUGCGCGAGACGCCAAAGGACUUUGGCGAGGACAGCUGGAACUAUGUGUACCGCGAGGCGAGGGAGGGAGCGUCGCCGAGGCUUGGAGUUCAGCAUGGCGCCGACCUGACGGCGUGGUUCGGGCACCCGGACGCAGCCGACGACGAGCUCGUCCACCUGUCGUGGCAGAUGACGGGCUACCUCGUCAACUUUGUGACCAACCUCAACCCGAACGGACCGGGUCUACCUUACUGGCCGCAGUACGGCAUGGACCGAGUCACGCUCCAGCUCGCUCGCGGCAACACGACGCACGUCCACGACGACGACCGCCUCGAGGCGAUGCGGUUCCUCAACGUCAACAACCCCAUGUUUGGGCGGUGACGUCUCUCUCUCUAUAGAUCUGUCCUCAGUAGUGCGGGCAUUGCAUGGGUUCCUCGG